GCGACUUUCGCCGGGAAGGGAGGCAACCUCCGUCUCCGCCUGGGCGCCCCGAGGACGCGCUGCGCUCUGGCCACCCCACCGCCCUCUUCAGGGCAGGCUUUUUCUCCUGCCGCAAAGGCCGAGCUGCCGGCCUCUCUCCCGCCCGGCGCCCAACUGCCCAAGCCAGAAUUCUGUUGCUGGAAGGUUCCGGGGCUUAGCAGCCGCCUCUUCCCCCGGCCAUGGCUGCCUCUAGUAGCAGGGCGAAGGCUGGGGAACCCCAUCCAAAUGCCCUGGCACUGACUCAGUCUGAUCAGGAGAAUCUCCGAUACCUUUGGGAAAAGAUGUUUGAGGAAGCUGAGGAAAACGGCAGGCUCAUCAUCAUCAAAUUCUUUACAGAUUACCCUGAAAGUAAGCAGUACUUCAAGACCAUCCCAACUGAGGGUGAACUACACAGAGAGCCCCUAGUGGCCUUUCAUGGCAGGAGAGUCAUGACUGCUAUCAAUCAAGUGAUUGAAAAUAUCAACAACUGGAAGCAAGCCUGCAAGUUACUGGACUGCCUAGUGGACAGCCACAAGAAUACCCACAAUGUGCCUCCAGUGAUGUUCCAGGUAUUAAUGUCCAGCAAGAGGGAGGAGGGAGGGCAAGGAAGCCGACUUCAGAGGAGGCAAACCCAUUGGACUGCAGAACCAGAAGCUGCAGAAAUCAUUCCUGGAGGAGGUCAUCCUUGUCAGGAAAAUGGGUCAGAGGAGUUUGAGGUUGUUUGCUGCUAAUGGCUUUGUGGUGGGCCUGUCUGAAUCCACACCAGGCUAGGAACUGGCCUUGGAUCUCUUCAGCAGUGUCCCCCUCUUCAAGCACAGUCCCAGUCAGAAAGGAGUCCUUCCACCCUCUUAAAGGUUCCUAGCAGAGGAGAAGGGGCAAAGCAGGAUAGAUCUUCUGGGGUGGUCAAGUCGAGAGAAUUUUUCUCCAUCUUCAGGGCAGUCCCAGCUUUGGUGCCAUCUUCCCUGACGCUCACAACUUUGAGGGCUGUAAUGAGUUGUUGAAGCUUUCUGGGCAGGAUCCCAGGAAGUCUGUACAUAUCAUCUUCCUUGCUCAGGCAAUCUUCCGUACAAUGUUGUGUAUCGGCCAAGAUCUCCUGGCAGAUGAGUUCACUGAUGAUAUGUUGGUCUCUUGGGAGAAGCUCUUCAGGGCAGUCUACGAAGAAAUCACAGCUGCUUACACUCGAAAACAGACUCUUUAGAACAAGAUUGACAAGCAUUUCCUCCACUCUGCUUUGUAUAUUUACGCCUUUAGAAUGGAGGCAAUAAAGGGGAAGUGGAGUAUAAGCAUCAGUGUUUGAUUCCUCCAGCUGGGGAAUCUGAGUUUACCCUUGAAUGGAACCCAUUCCUCACAAGACUGGGGUUAAUCUUCCAUAUACGCAAAAGCUUGAUUUGAUGCCUAAUGAACACAAGUGGCACUCUUGACACUAGAAGGAUUAAGGAGAGGCAGGAAGGCCAGGGAGUUCUGAUCAUAUCAUCAGAGCUGUGAAAUCAAUUGUCUCACAGAAAGCAACUGAACCCGUGCAGCAUCAUGGAUGGUCCAGCCAUUGGAUUCUGUCUCUUGUUCUAGCCUUUCUGUUUCCAAAACAGCAGAGCACAGGUGGACUCUAGAGAAGAGCACAAGCGCCGCCUGGUGGAAGAUGGCGCAAUUACCUUCUGGGAUUCCUCCUAUUCACCUCUGAUGCCAAGAGGAUCUCGCCGCUAUUUGGCACCCUUCCCAGCUGCAAAUCCACCAUUCCAGCCUGAAGGGACAGAAAAGACUAGCCUUGCACAUAAGAAUAUGAGAGCCUUGCUGGAAGACUCUAGAGCGGGUCUGUCUCAUCCAGUAUCUUUUUUCUCACAAUGCCCCCCACCCCCUGCACUGGCUUCCAUUUAUUCCCCACCUUUCAUUUUUUUUUAAAUCAAUGUAGAUUUGUAAUAAAUAAUGAGAAUAGCUCAACUAUAACUGUAUUAUAAUUAAAAGUGCCAUCUAAA